UUGUGACGGGAUCGUCUUAUUUACGGACUUUCGGUUCAGUUCUAGUCUAGUACGAAGAACUGUGAAGACUUUCCACACGAGUCUGACUAUAGCAGCUUGGUCAUCGUCAUCAUCAGUUAAACCCGUUUAUCCCGAAAGUCCGAUGCGGUACGAGCGAUUCGUUUAAAAGAACCGGUUCACAACAACGAUUCGUUGUUUACAUCUCUAGUAAAUAAACAUGUCCGUGUUGGAUGUGGGUAAAGUAGUGCAGUGAAUUCUAAUACAUUUGAAUCGCGUACACUAUUAAGGUGUUUAGACAGAACGAUUGUGCGCUUGUAUGGCUUUCGGUGAGGCGUGAAAUCAGGUCACUUCCUCAAUCGCAGGUCUAGAACUUGCUUUCUGAUAAAUCGGUGCAGGAGGACAAUAAAACUCACACAUGUUGAGAUUAAAUCCCACUUUUGAUACCCAAAAAGAUGUCGUGUCAAGCAUUCUGGCGAAGGAGGAAACUGUCAGAGGGAAUAUUGGUGUUCUUGAGCCUCGCAUUUUGACCGUGGAGAGAGAUGGAGGUGUGGUGUACUCAUGGAGAGGGGCAACAGGGACUACCAGAAUUGGGAAAUAUGAUCCUCACAGCACAGAGAAUAAGCUCCUCUACACUUUUGACAAGCAGGUGUGUGUCAGCAGUUGCUCUUUAAACAGAGAAGAAACACUGCUGGCGGUCAGCCUAUCACAGACAACACAGGGAGAAGGUCGCCUUAGACCAGUGUCAAAAUGUUUAACGCUUCUCAUAGAGAUACACCCAAUCAACAACACAAAGGUCCUGAAGGCAGUGGACUGCAGGGUCAAAGUUCAGUUUCUUUAUCCUAAGACAUGGCGGACCUCUGUACUGGAGAGUCAUUUGCUGUUGGUGGCAGAGGAUGGCUAUGUUGAUCAGUACCACAUAAGUCUAACAAGGCAGGAGGGGUACAGAGUGGUAAUGCUGAACUCUGCGCGUCUGGGCAGAGACCGGGUGGCGGAGGAGUUCUGUUGGGUCCAGUGGGAUUCAGACACUCAAAGACUCUACUACCUCACUGCACGGGAGAAACACACUCUGAAAUGUGUACAGUUUUUCGCCGAUCGCAACUUUGAGACUGUGUUUGAGCUGCCAUUACAGAUGGCCAACAUUCCUAACGCUCCUGUGAGGUUUGUUAACUUUGGGUACGAUCACUAUAAGGAGCUGAAAGAGGAGGGACUCAAGCUAGAGGUGUUCACCGACCCAACCGGGACCAUGUGUGUGUGCUACAGUCCUCCGGUGCGCUGGCAUAAGAAUUCAACAUACACAAUUGCAUUUGUGCACAGAGGCUGCAGUAAGACUUUCACUGUAUCUCUAGAAAAAGACUGCACACCUGCGAAUGAGUCAACCAUCCAUCCUGUCUUCAUUCAUCUGGGUUAUUAUAUAGCGGUGUACCUGGCAGGUCAUUUCCUGCAUCUGAUCAACUGCAGACAGCAAGAUCUAUUGUGCUACAGUCUUUUCCUGUCAGGGGCAGAUGGUGAUAUUGAGGCUUUGGGUUUGGGCACUGAGGUUGUCAGUGUGCCUGGUGGCAGACUGCUUGAUGUCCGAGCUGGCAGGAUGUACAGCACGGAGCUCAACCACGACUUCCUGCUCGAGCUUCUCAGUUCAGACAGGCCUGAGGCCCAGCGGCUCGCUGCCCUGCACUGCAUGCUGGUCUACCUGCAGCCAAAUCCUGUAAUAGAGUUGAAGAUUAUAAACUGGAUCAGUGAGAAUGUCAUGAGCUUUGAUGCUUUUGAUCAGAUUCAGGAAUUCAUUCUAGCAUCCCUGUACAGAAUAAGCUACCAGCAGUGUGUGAGCCUAGACAAAGUGUUGCCGUAUUCUUGUGUGUUUGAGAAGAAGGAGCUUCCUGUGGCUCUAACUGCAAUCCCUGGGGUAAAAUGCACUCCUGACCUCCUCUGUCAACCAUUAAUCAAAGGAAAGGCCAAAAGCCUGCAGGGCUACUGGGAGGAGCUACAGCACAUCCUGGACAGGGUGAGGUACUUUGAGGUAGUCCCGAGCCCACGCUUCAGAACGACUCUAAUUAAAGAGGACUGGACCAGAUUACAGGCGGCUCUGAACUCUGAAAAAAAGAAAUCUCCCCGCUAUCAUCACAACAUCGAGGAGAACACAAAAAAAGUUCUAUCCAUGAUGGACACCUGGCGUUUGGACAGGCGUGUUGUUCCACUGUUUCAGGAGGAAGACCAACAGCAGAGGAUGCUGGUGGGCCUGAUGGUGGACAAGCUCCGAGAACACUUGAACAGGCACUUGUCACGACUGGGGAAGAAAAAGAUUGAUUUGCUGGUGGUGAACUACGCUGCAAAGCUGCUGGAACUGGUCUGGCACGUGUUGGAAUUGGUGUGGCAGAAGCUGAAGUUGGGCCCCUGGGUGCUCUGCCUUAAGCAGCAGGGCAGUUCAGAGGAGUGGGCCAUGCUUCAUUUAAUGUUUCGCAUCCUGGAAGCAACAAAAGGGCUCUGUCUCCCUCUUCCUCCAGGUUAUUCUACUCUUUUGAGUGUGCUUGGAGUCCGCUGUCUUCCACGGCACACUUUUCUCCAGUACGUGGACCAUGGCCUUCUGCAGCUUACAGAACCGUUUGUUUUACGUCUUAUGACAGAUCUAGAUAACAGUGAUGCCAAUGAGCAGUUGAAGUUUAGCAUUCUGAAAAGACUUCCUGAGUGUAUGGGGCAGAAAGUGAGUCAGCAAUGGGAUCACCCCAUCACAUCUGCGUGCAUUUCCAGAGAAUACGUCAGAACUCUUCUGGACAAAUACCCAGAGAGCAGGGACUCUACACUGCUCGAUCAUGGCAAGUCAAGUUUCUAUUUUGAGUUUCUGCCUCUAAACUACCUCACCAUAAUCCUCUCGGACAGGGAGGAAAAAGCUCAAAACCCGUUUGAAGAGCAGGAGAAUGUGGACGUCAGGUUUGUGGAGGAGACAGCCUUGAAGCAGACUGUGAUCAAGCUGGGCUUCGAAGUCAAGUAAAAACAGCAAGAAACAAAAAGGAAAAUAGAAGUUGGAAAAGGGAAACAUUGGAAACAUUCAGAGAAAUU